AUGGCCAAGUCCAGUCCCACUGGCUCGCCUCUCUCGUUCAGUGGCUCGCGCCUGACGCGCCUUCUCCCCGACUCACAGCGCACGCCUUCUCCUAUGACACCCCUUGGCCGCGAGCCACCCGCUGCCAUGACCAUGUCUGCAAGCCCGAUUCGCAUGUUCAAUCGCCCUAAGGGCAAGGGCAAAUCGGUCGAAGAGCAGUACGUCUUGCCCAGUCCUCCCGGCUCCAACAUCACGGUCCCCAAGCGAGACAGUUCCAGGAAGCGCUCGAACAAGUGGGCCGUCGACAGCGCUGACGACGAUGCCGCCAAGCGCAAGCUCUCAAACCCGAACGCGAUCGCUGUCGUCACUGGUCGAAAGAUCUACAAACCUCGCCAGAAGCCUGUCUCCGAGCGCCCCAUCCUCAGGAUGCGCGGCGACAGGGAGCAGAGGUACCUGUGA